AAAAAAGAGAUCUUGAUUCGGUCGAUGUAGACAUGAUCGGAGGAGGAGGAGGAGGAGAAGAAGAAAGAGGACAUGGCUACGCUGUGGAAACCCUACACCAUCGUCACCUCCAUCUCUAAAUCUCCUAGCCACCGGAGCCCGUCGUCCUCGCGGUCGUCGACCAUCGUCAUGGCCUCGGCGGAGCGAAGCGGUACCGCGGCGCGGAGGAGCCCGUCGGCAUGGGAGACUCGGAUCUCUCUCGUACUCGCCCUCGCUUCCCAGGCCUCGGCCGUGUCUCAGCGGUAUUUGGUGGAAUUGGCGUCGGAAACCGCAAAGUACGCUUUUCCGCGGAGGAGAUUUGAAGCUCAGAAUCUUGAGGAGGCUCUGAUGUCAGUUCCGGAUCUUGAAACAGUCAAAUUCCGGGUCUUGAAGCGGACGAACGAGUACGAGAUUAGAGAAGUCGAGUCUUAUUUCAUUGCCGAGACAACAAUGCCAGGGAAGACUGGGUUUGAUUUCAAUGGCUCAUCACAAGCAUUCAAUGUCCUAGCAGCAUACCUAUUUGGUAAGAAUAUUACAAGCGAGCAAAUGGAAAUGACCACUCCUGUUUAUACCCACAAAUCGCAGUCUGAUGGAGUGAAGAUGGAUAUGACAACCCCUGUGAUCACAAACAAGUCACCCAAUCAGGAUAAGUGGCAGAUGUCAUUUGUCAUGCCAUCCAAAUACGGUUCUAACUUGCCAAUGCCCAAAGAUCCAUCAGUAAGCAUCAAAGAGGUGCCAAAGAAAAUAGUAGCAGUUGCUGCCUUCUCAGGCUUUGUUACAGAUGAAGAUGUCAUGCAAAGAGAAUCCAAAUUACGUGAGGCUCUAAGAAGUGAUACAGAGUUCCAAGUGAAAGAAGGUGCAUCAGUGGAAGUUGCACAGUUCAAUCCCCCAUUCACGCUUCCUUUUACCCGUAGAAACGAAGUGGCAGUGGAAGUUGAAAGGAAAGCCUAGUGGAACACACAUGAUUUUUCUGAGGGAAAUGGAACAGAUGAUGUAUGAACACACUGUCUUGUCAGCUGUUGCAGUAGAAAGAAGUGUAGAAAGAUACAUUUGGAUGAUCAGAAAUUUUAAAGCCAUGAGUUGCUAUAAGAAUCAUUGAUUCAAUCGCUUUAAGCA